AUGCAUCCUGUUAAUUGGGACGAUGAUAAGGAUGUUGAUGGCAUAAUGCCGAAGUUCCAUCGUGUUAAUUACUACACAGUUCCUCCUAUGGAGGAGUUGAUAUCAAAGGAGAAGGAAGAAGCUGGUUUUUGUUGCCACGUGAAGGACUUUUGUGGUAGGAAGACAUGGGUGAUAGUCUAUAUGGAUGAGAGCAAGAAACCUCCAGUUGGACUAGCCCUCAACAAGCCAGCUGAGAUAACUCUUAUCAAUGUCAGAUGCAUCAACAAAUCGACUGGAAAAGAGUACAGAGAUGGACCAAUGGUCAAUAAGUACAGAGAUAUGCUACUUAAGAAAACAAUAAAGCACGAUGCAGAAUUUGUUUCUUAUGAUCCAGUGGAAGGGAAGUGGAAAUUUAGGGUGUCACACUUCUAA